UCAAUUCACUCGACUUCAACUCUCCACUGUUAAAUCCAUUUAAAGUCACUAUUCCCUCUUCCUCUGGUGACAGUGGUCCACAUUCAAAGGUGAAACUUCUUUCUUCUUUUCCAUCACAUUGUGCAGCAGGAAAUUCAUGUGUACCAUGUAUAUUAACUCUUGCUUCACUUAAAUGUGAAGAUAUUCCACCCCAAUAUCCAACAGUUCCCAAACCUCCCUCACUUGAAGUUAAUGCUCGAUCAAGUUCAACGGUACCAUCAACAUUUAGUAAUAGGAGAAAGUAUAGUAUUGAUAAUAAAGAUAAGGAAACCAUCGAUUUUCAAAAAUCACAAAUCGGAAAUAUUACAGACAAAUUCGUUUCACGAGGCAUUCUAUCAUAUGAAGUGCAAUAUGAUUAUAAACCAUAUGAUGGAGAUAAGUACCUUAUAAUUACAUGGGCUAUCAAAUCCUACUUAAAAAAAGGGAGAAAUUCAAUAACUAUCAACAUAUGUGAUAAACCAGUAACCAAGGAUAAUCACUAUUCUCGUUACAAGGAAUUACAUUCAGAAAACAAGAGAAAAUAUCCUGGUAGUUGUGUUAAAGUUUCUGGAUCCAUUUAUAAUGUCUGUGGAAGCAUUACAGAUGGGACAAAUGCGGAAAUGGAUUUCUCCGUCGGACAAACAAAUCAAUUGCCAGAUAAUAAUACAUCAGAACCUGAAGUUUAUCAACAAUUAUCAACGAAUCAUAGUCCAUUUGUUUCAAGACCUGGUAUGUAA